AUGAGUGUUGAUAACAUUCAAAAAGGUCUAGAGAAUUUUCAACCAUCGGAGGGCACAAGUCUAAAUCUUGUCAUAAAAACUAACACUUUAGAAAUAAGACACGAAUUGCAAUUGUCAACAGAAUACAAUGCAACUAUAGAGUCAAUAAGACACGAAUUGCAAUCUAUGCACCCCGACGAUUCACACAUUGUUGUUUUGAGGCAUAAUGUAUGGCGUGUCAAGGGUCUAAUACAAAUAUCUAGAUCUAUUGGUGAUGUAUAUCUGAAAAAGGUUGAGUUCAAUAGAGAACCUUUAUAUGCAAAGUUUCGGCUUUGUGAGCCGUUCAAAACACUAAUUUUGAGCUCAGAACCAUCAAUAUCAGUUCACCAGCUGCAGCCACAAGAUCAGUUUAUUAUAUUUGCAUCUGACGGGCUCUGGGAGCACCUUAGCAAUCAAGAAGCUGUUGAUAUAGUUCAAAACAAUCCUCGCUCGGGAAUUGCAAGGAGGCUAGUGAGAGCCGCACUUCAAGAUGCGGCAAAGAAGAGAGAAAUGAGAUAUUCAGACUUAAAAGAUAUUGACUGUGGAGUUCGUAGGCAUUUCCACGACGAUAUCACCGUGAUUGCCGUGUUUAUCGACUCAAAUCUCGUGAGUAGGGAAAGCAAUGUUAAGUUCCCUACUAUUUCCGUUCGAGGGGGCGGUAUGAACCUGCGUCCUAACACAUUAGCACCUUGUACAACACCAAUAAAAGCUAGUGCUACCUGA